UCGCAGAACCAUAGCAUCACUUCAGACCUCAAUACUCCGUACCUUCUAAGCCUAGGAAAGACUUUCAAUCAAUCAUAGAUAACCCCAUACUCAAUUCAGUCUUCGUUAUUCAAUCGCAUACCGAAUGCUAUCCCAUCUCUCAGGAUGACUUCCCUUCCCCAUGGUAUUCCAAUUUCUUUGCGCCCAGCACCAACUCCAGCUAAUAGCUCCAUCCCACUACCUUUAUUGAUCGCAAGAAUCAAUGCCGAACGAGGUGGAUUUCGCAAUCUUUCAGAGGAUAGUUUACGACAAGAGAUCGCUGAAGCUGAACUUGGAGAGGAUGAUGAGGAGAAUGAAAGUUCCAGCGAAGAUGGGGAAGCAGAAGAGGAGCCUGAUCGUAUGAAGGAACUCUUGACCGCAAGAGAUGAAAUUCUGGGUCAACUUGAGUAUGCUACCUUUUACAAAAUACAAUGCGCAGAUACUGAUUCACGUAUAGACAUGCACAUAAUGCUGCCAUGAUAUCUCUUGAUUUUAUAUCCCUACUUCUAUCAAAGGAUGCGCCUGUACAAGCUAGUCUAUCAAUAUCACCAUCACUUCGUGAAUUGGCCGGAAUGGGUACCUUGGGUACAGAUAAAACAGCAGAAUCACGAGUUACCGAAGAACAAAAGAAAGAAAACAAAAAAAUAGCCAAAGGUUGGAAAGCAUCAAAUCUAAGCAAGACGGUGGAUGCGAUUUUAGCAUCGGCGACAAGGUUAGAAAAAGAAAUUGAUGCGGAAACAAAAUAUUGGGAAGAAGUAUUGGCUGUUAGUGAAAGUGGAUGGGCAGUAUGUCGAUUGCCCCAAGAAAAGCAUACAUUGGGUGUUAGAUUUGGAUUUGCAGAAGGUUGGUCCAUUUAACCCUUUAUAAUUUAGCUCAAGCUAACAUAUUAUAGCCUCGCCAACAUUUAGAAAUCGUAGUCUUGGAGCACUUAGACGAAAUCCAAAUGGAUCAAUAUAUCUUGACCAAGGGAUCACAAGUCCGGAACCUCAAAGUUUACGAGUUUUGAUUGAAACUAAUGGAGUUACAACUGGGGAAACUAUACUUCCCAAAGCCGUCCCGCAAGGUGCACCUAUUCAAGAUUUAAUUCUUCAAGCACGAAAUACUAUUUUUGCAUCCGAACUUUGGCAAGAAAUGAUUCGAGAGGUAAGAACUCUCGCAUCCCAUGGUCUACAAUCGGAUUUCAAAACAAAUAGAAUCACAUUUCCACUUUCUCCAACUAAGAAGAUUUUAAUCGAACUUCAAACAUUACCUACCGAUCCUUUUCGGCCAGUUUUAGGUUCACGACCAGAUUCAUACCUCGCCAAUGGUAUCUAUCUAACACUUCAUCUUCUCCUUUCUCUUUCACAUCGCCGACACUAUCGUAUUCGAACCAAUCCACCACCACCAAUCUCUGGUCAACCUCGUCCAAACAAUCCUUUCCCAAUCCUACGCUCUCUUUUAACCCGCUUCGCUCAUGAAACCGUAAUUUCAUCUCUUCACUCACUACUCACGCCUCUCUGUACAACUCUUACCUCCGCCUGCCUUUCAACUCCACCAACUUAUACCAUCACCCCAGGCACUUCUUCCCCUUUCCAAAACCUUUCAACUCCGGAAAGAAUACUCACAACUUUAACGAAUCAAUUGGAAUUCCUAACGACCAUCACAUUUCCAUUUCCUCUUUCAUCACCACCUCAUUCUUCCAUUCCGUCAUCCUUUUCCCAUACCACACCACUUACUCCUGUACCCUCUAUCCUCCAAAUCCGCACUCUGACCAUUACUCAAAAUUAUUCUCGCCCAGUUUACUAUCUACGCAUCACACCAGAUAAUUCCCCUCUUCUCCAAAUCUGUCCACCUCCACCAGCAGUUGCAGAAUGGGAUUACGCGAAAGAUUAUAUUCUAUGGGCAGUGGGUUGUUGGCUAGCUCAUAUUUUCUCCUCCCCCUCUCCAAAAGAAGAUGAAGAGGGAUGGAAAGUAACAACACAAGCUAAUAUUCUUCGAAAAAUCUUCUCCGGACCAAAUGAUGAAGGAGGGGUUAAACAAAUGAGUUUUGAAGUUUCUUCAAUCCCGAUUCUUGGCCCGGAAGAACCGAGUAAGGUUGGGGAAAAGGGGGAAGAAAAGAUUAAAAUCUCAGUUAAGUGGGAGUGGACCACUGGUAUUGAUCAAGAAUGGAAAGAGAGAAGGGAUUUGAAACAGGGAGAGGGAGCUUAUGAUUGGUAUAGCGGUGUGGGUGGUAUAGGUAGAGGGGAGUUAGAAGAAGUAGUUAGGAAAAUAGGUGAUGUUGUUGAGGAGGCUGGGAGGGGAAAGGUAUAGAAGGAGUGUGUAGGGUAGUAUACAAUUGAAAGAGCAGAGAUACAUGCUUCCCAGUAGCAAGCUGUGGGGGGAAAAGGGGAGGGAAAUGAAGGAUCUUCGACUAUAUUUAACAAUGUAA